AUGUUGAUAGUACUUUUUAUCUCCUGUUUUCAAAACUCAUCUGCCCAACAUCACCUGGGCAUAAUGAGAUGCUGUUUCAUCCUGUCUCCCCCAUGUUACCGUCAGCAGCCCCUGAGCAGCAGAGAGACCAGCUUCCUCAUCGGAGAAGAACCAUCUGCAAAGCGAUUCAAUUUGUUCCUGAGACGACGUCUUAUGUUUAAAAAAGAUGAACAAAGCAAAGAUUCUAUCUUCUUUCGAGAUGGGAUUAGGCAAAUCGAUUUUGUGCUUUCAUAUGUUGAUGACAUGAAGAAAGAAGCGGACUUUAAGGCAGAAAGGAGAAAAGAAUUUGAACAAAAUCUCAGAAAAACAGGUCUUGAGUUGGAAGUCGAAGACAAAAGGAACUCUGAAGAUGGGAGGACUUAUUUUGUCAAGAUCCAUGCCCCUUGGGAGGUACUAGUUACUUACGCUGAAGUGUUGGGAAUCAAAAUGCCUAUUCAGGAGAGUGAUAUUCCUCCAGCUGAGACAUUCCCCUUUAGUUACAUGCUUGGACCUCUGAAGCUCCCAAAGAACGUGAGGCACCCUCGUCCUGAAUAUUUCACUGCCCAAUUCACCAGACAUCGGCAGGAACUCUUCCUCAUUGAAGACGAGUCAAGCUUCUUUCCAUCCUCAUCAAGAAACAGAAUUGUAUAUUAUAUUCUCUCACGGUGUCCUUUUGGCGUAGAAGACGGGAAGAAGAAGUUUGGGAUUGAAAGACUGCUAACUUCUAAUACUUACUCAUCUGCCUAUCCACUCCAUGAUGGUCAGUAUUGGAAGCCUUCAGAACCUCCUAAUCCUGUCAACGAAAGAUACGUACUUUGCCAGAAUUGGGCUCGGUUUUCCUAUUUUUACAAGGAGCAGCCUUUAGAUUUGGUCAGGAAUUAUUUUGGAGAAAAAAUCGCCAUGUAUUUUGUCUUUCUUGGAUUUUACACCGAAAUGCUGUCCUUUGCAGCUAUCGUGGGCUUAGCUUGUUUCAUUUACGGCUUACUAUCAAUGGAUGGUAACUCAAGCAGCACUGAGAUCUGUGACCCUAUGAUUGGAGGUCAGAUUAUCAUGUGCCCACUCUGUGAUCUAGUGUGUGAUUACUGGAGACUAAAUACUACUUGUUUGGCUUCAAAGAUCUCCUACUUAUUUGAUAACGAGUCCACAGUGUUCUUUGCAAUUUUCAUGGGGAUUUGGGUCACAUUGUUUUUGGAGUUUUGGAAACAACGACAAGCCAGAAUGGAAUAUGAGUGGGACCUGGUGGACUUUGAGGAGGAGCAGCAGCAGCUUCAGCUGAGACCUGAAUUUGAAGCUAUGUGUAAACACAGGAAGAUGAAUGCAGUGACUAAGGAAAUGGAACCAUACAUGCCUCUAUGUAGUCGUCUUCCAUGGUACUUUUUAUCAGGAGCUACGGUGACAUUAUGGAUGGCUCUGGUCAUCGCGUGUAUGGUUGCUGUGAUUGUGUACCGCCUGUCAGUGUUUGCCACAUUUGCUAGUUUUAUGGAAAGUGAAGCUUCCUUGAAACAUGUCAAAAGUUUCCUCACUCCCCAGAUAACCACAUCACUCACCGGAUCCUGCUUGAACUUUAUCAUCAUCUUGAUCUUGAAUUUCUUUUAUGAAAAGAUAUCUGCCUGGAUUACAAAAAUGGAAAUUCCUCGAACUUACCAGGAAUAUGAGAGCAGUCUUACUUUGAAAAUGUUCCUGUUUCAGUUUGUGAAUUUUUACUCGUCCUGCUUCUACGUAGCUUUCUUUAAAGGGAAGUUUGUGGGCUAUCCCGGAAAAUACACAUAUAUAUUUAAUGUGUGGAGAAGUGAAGAGUGUGACCCUGGAGGCUGUCUAAUAGAAUUGACAACCCAGUUGACCAUCAUCAUGACUGGAAAACAGAUCUUUGGAAACAUUAAAGAAGCCAUUUACCCUAUGGUUCUGAAUUGGUGGAGACGUCGAAAAGCUCGGACCAACUCUGAAAAGCUGUACAGUCGAUGGGAGCAAGAUCAUGACCUUGAAACUUUUGGAUCUCUUGGACUAUUCUAUGAGUACUUAGAAACAGUUAUCCAGUUUGGAUUUGUUACCUUAUUUGUGGCCUCUUUUCCUUUGGCUCCUCUCCUUGCUCUCUUGAAUAACAUUAUAGAGAUCCGUGUGGACGCCUGGAAACUUACAACUCAGUACAGGAGACCCGUAGCUGCUAAAGCUCAUAGCAUAGGUGUUUGGCAAGACAUUCUUUAUGGAAUGACUGUCCUUUCUGUUGCAACUAAUGCUUUUAUUGUUGCAUUUACAUCGGACAUCAUUCCCCGUUUAGUUUACUACUAUGCCUACUCAAAGGAUGCCACUGAGCCCAUGAAAGGAUAUGUCAAUGAUAGCCUGUCAACAUUCCUGAUAGCUGAUUUUCCAAACCACACUGCACCCUGGGAAAAACGGGACUUCACCACUUGCAGGUACAGAGAUUACAGAUACCCUCCUGAUCAUGAACAGAAAUAUUUUCAUAAUAUGCAGUACUGGCACGUCCUCGCUGCCAAGAUGACCUUCAUCAUCGUUAUGGAACAUGUUGUGUUUUUAGUCAAAUUUUUGUUGGCCUGGAUGAUCCCUGAUGUUCCAAAAGAUGUUCUGGACAGAAUUAAGCGAGAAAAGUUAAUGACUAUCAAGAUUCUCCAUGACUUUGAGCUUAAUAAAUUAAAAGAGAACUUGAGAAUUAAUUCCAGUGAACUUGCCAAACAAGUCAUAAUCCAGGAAAACAAAGUACAACUGGCUAAAUCAGCAGUAUAA